AUGGGGCAGAGGUCGGGUCUGGAGGGGUACGAGAGCGAGGGCCGCGAGCGGUGGGCGGAGGUCCAGGGCCGCGUGAGCGGCAUCCACGAGGAGGUCCAGGCCCUGCAGAGGCGCGUCGAGAGCCUGGACGGGCGCGUCUGCCGCGCCGGCAGCGGCGACGCCCACCGCCAGCGCCAGCGCGAGCUGGAGCAGCAGGUCCAGUCCCUCGAGCAGCAGUCCAGCCUCAAGCUCAACAUGGCCGACGAGACCGUGAAGCGCCAGGCGGCCAAGCUGGCGCGAGCGGACGAGUCCAUCAGGGAGAUCGGCAGGCGCCUCUGCAGGGUGGAGGAGGAGCAGCAGCAGCUCGCGCAGCAGAGCCGCCGCAACGCCGACACCGCGGGGCUGGAGUCUAGGAUGGCGCAGUCGGAGAGGCAGAUGGCGCAGCUGCUCGCGGAGAUGCAAGGCCUGCAGCUGCAGGUGGACCAGGCCGCAGAGGUGCCGUCGCUGCCCGGGUCCAUGUCCGUGGACGAGGCCGUGGAGGCCGCCAGGAGCUGCGCGGCGGCGGCGGAGCGGAAGUGCAUGGGCCAGGUGGAGGAGCUCGCCUCGGCGAUGGCGCGGCUGGGCGUCAGGUCCGACUCCUGCCAGCAGCGCCUCGACGCGCUCGCCGAGCGCCUCGAGGUCGCCCACGAGCCCAGCCUGGAGGCCCUGCGCUCGGAGCUGGCCAAGGCUCGGUCGCAGGAGCG